GCUAUGUUAUUCAAUAAUGAUUCAGAAUUACAAAAUAAUGUUACUACAUUGUUAAAAACAUCUUUAUCGUCGCCAGAGUGUAGUCAAAAUGAUUCAGAUGAAAGACCAACAUCUGAACCAGUUACAGCAAAAAAAUUUUAUUCAAAAUUUUAUAAAUAUAAGACAACAUCGAAAUCGUCAUCAGUGAAACUGAUGACAUCAACAAAUCAUCAAGAAAAUGGAAUUAUGGAUAAUGAACAAACAUCAAUUAGGCCUACAACAUCAAUACAAGAUCUAUCAGCAGGAAAUCAACAAGAUGACAUCUUUGAAAGUUUCGAUUUUGCGAAAUUCUUUUAUAAUCCAUCACCGUCAUCAACAAUCAGUAGUAAUCCUGUGUCACCUGAUGAAUGUAAUCCAUCGUCUUCAACAUCACCUAGUGCAGAUUAUUAUGAUUUACAAAAAUAUAGUAAUAAAUCAUAUGAAGAAGUUAUUGAAGAAAAUUUAUUUAGAAAAAAUUUAUUAUUGUCACCGGCAUCAGUUUCAUCGGCCACAACUAGUGAUAGUGAAAUUGAGAAUAAAAAAUUUUGGUGUAAUGAUUCAACAAAAACAGAUUGUGCAAAAAAGAAUACUUUUGUGGAUGAUAAUAUUGAUAAUUUAUCGUCAAAUAAUCAACAAACUUCCAGUGAGGUGAAAUUAGUAACGGAAAGUGUUAGUGAUAAUGAUGAAAAUAAUGAAAAACCUGAAGAAGAAAAUUUUAUGGUCUUAGUACCAUCAAAUCCUGAAGAAUGGACACAAGAGCAUAUCGAGUCAUGGUUAAAAUGGUGUGUACAACAAUGGUCUUUAAAACCUACACCAAAGAUUGAACAAUUCCCGGAAACUGGUGCAUCUUUAUGUAAGUUAACACGAACUGAAAUGUUAGAUAUAUGUGAUGGUAAUGAACGGAAUAGUCGUCUGUUAGCUGUACAUUUAGCACAUCUACAACAUAGUGCCACUGGUCGAGCAACAAGUCCAUUACAAGAAAAUCUACAAGAAGUACUGCAUGCAGAUACUGAUGAUGAUCCGUAUCAACUAUUAAAUGCAGCAUCAAGUCGAUUGGUUGCACAAGGCUCCGGUCAAAUCCAAUUGUGGCAAUUCUUAUUAGAAUUACUUGGUGAUUCGUCGAACGCAGCAUGUAUUACAUGGGAGGGAACCAAUGGAGAGUUUAAAUUAACUGAUCCGGAUGAGGUUGCGCGACGGUGGGGCGAGCGCAAGUCUAAACCAAACAUGAACUAUGACAAACUAAGUCGUGCACUAAGGUAUUAUUAUGAUAAAAACAUAAUGACAAAAGUGCAUGGAAAACGUUACGCAUACAAAUUUGAUUUCCAUGGCUUAAUGAUAGCGUGUCAGGCACAAGCUCAAGGACAAAAUACGGGAACCGAUGUUAUGGCUGGGUAUACAAAAUAUAAUCCACACCAAAGUGACCUAGGAACAGCGUUAUAUCCAACACAUCAUACAACUCCUACAAAAUUACCAACACUAUUGCCAACAAGUACACAAUCGACGGUACCUCAACCUGGAGCACUCUUUCCACCACCAGCCUAUUGGCCAUACUCAACGCAUGGAUCGUUUGAUCCACGAGGUGGAACAUUUCAUUAGUAUGAAUUCUUUUUUAUAAAUAUUAUUGUAAUUAAUUUUCAUGUACACAAAUUUAUUCUAAAUUGUUCAAAAUGCCUCGCUUAGCCAAAAUUAA